AGAAGCGAAGUGUCGUUCGUCAAGACGACUCUCCCCUAUCCUGUUUUCGCCGCGGAUUUCGAUCCCUACAAUCGCGGCUAUCUCGUGGUCGGAGGCGGUGGAGGAGAGAGCAGAAGUGGCGUCCCCAAUCAGAUCAGCGUUCUGGAUGUCUCUGAGCGCGGCGCCAUCUCGAAUUUGGUCGAUAUCGAGCUUUCACGGGAUGAGGAUAGCGUGCAGUCAUUAUCAUGCCUUUCGACUCGGGACGGACUGAUCGUCUUGGCCGGCAUCAACUCCUCACAAGCAGACCAAAACGCAAGGAAGAACGAGCAUUUCCGAUCAUUCAGCGUCAGAUGCCCUCCACGGAAGAAAUCAAAGACGGAUGAAGCAAGCCCGGACGAGAAAGGUGGCUCGAAACUCAUCGGAAAGCGAUCAUUGUUUCAGACUUCGACUGCGCCCAAGCAAGAAACAUAUCAACGUCUACUCCGUCUCUCGCCAAGUCGUCAACGACCAACUGGUAGCAGUCGCAUUGGCGCCAUUGCCACGGGCUUCGCAAAGGACUCGGAGAUUGUAGUGUUCGAUGCAACCACGCCCACUCCCGAAGCUGCAGAUAUUCUGACUCGCAUUGGCCUGCCAGAAGGGGCUGAGGCGGUAGAUGUGGAUAUCAACGAGUCCGACGACGCUGUCUUCAGUUUGGCUUACUGUACGGAUUAUGACAUCUAUGAGCAGGCGUUCGAGUACGAGUUCAAAACCAAACGAACCCAGAAGACGCCGAACGGUCCGCGCAGGGUGCACGAGCUACCAGUGCCGGAAGACAAAAGUCCCAGGCCAAAGAUCCGAUGUUUGCGAUUCGUGAACUCGCAAAAUGUCGUGGCGUUACUCAACAAGCCCAACAGGAGUGGCGUGGAGCUACGAGUGUAUCACCUCUACCCUACUGGACCGGCAAUACUUGUUCAACAGCAAUCGCUUCCCCGCCGCAUGAAGCAGGCCGUGAGUAUGGACGUUUGCGCUCUGGACGCCGAUCGGGAGGGCAAUCAGCAAAUCAUCAUCGCCGUUGCCGGCCAAGACAUCAGCAUUGAGUUGUACACCACCAAUUACCAACGGAGAACGGAUACCUUCACCAAAUUCCGCUCCUACUUGACUCUCCGGGAUGUGCAUGAGCACCAAAUGACAAAGAUCUGCUUCUCUCCUUAUCAUGCGACUGUGCGAGCCCCGGAAAAAUCUGACGAUGACGAAACCGCGCCACCUCGAGCUAAGGCCUUGAAGAAGUACGUCCGGCUUGCAUCUGUCAGUAUGGGGAAUACGGUGGCGGUGGACGCACUACCCCUCUCAUCCCUGGAGACCAAGGACAAGCAAGCGCGGUACAUCCUGAGCCAUCCGAGCGACGAAUUGUGGACGCAGUGGACGCAGAUCGCGAUGAUAUCCACCAUUGCCUUGAUAUUCGCAUACUUGGUCCAGUCAUACUAUUACAACACCCGCAACAGCUCCGCCAGCCCGACUCCGAGCCCAUCUCGUCAGUUUCAGAGCACGCUUUCGCCAAUUGAAUCGGCACCGGCCUCUGCUCGGCUCUCGCAGCGGCUGCACUCGCUUCUCGCCACACACAAGGCGGUGCAUCCCACAGUGGCAGACCCACAUGCACCGACAGAGACAGCUCUUGUACUGCGGCCUGAUGCUGCUAGUACCGGCGUGACACUGGACGUCCAUCCAGACAAAGAAGCUCUCCUUCAACAAGGCAACGAUGAGAAGCAUUGGCACGAGCUCGGGGAAGACCAAAAAACGGCAUGGAAAGAGAGGCUAAAGCAUGCGGGCCAUUGGGCGGAGGAUGAAGGAGAAGCGAUUUUCCAGGGAAUUCUCUUCAGCGAAUACGCAGGUAUGGUGGGCCAGGCGGCGGCAGAGGUGGUCAGAGAAUUGUAG